AUGGCUAUUGAUAUGUUCUGUGGAAAGAGACAUGAAGAAGAAUCAUCAAACAAAGGUCUUCAAUUGCUUCUCAGGAUUGCAGCAUACUAUGCAGCCAGUCCGAAGGUUGCACCCGGUGAAGAGAGAGAAGGAAGCCACUGCAAGCAACGUUGGCACAAGAUCAAUGAUCUUGUGUCCAAGUUUAGUGGAGCGUACGAAGCUGCAACAAGAGAGAAGACAAGCAGCCAAAAUGAGACUGAUGUUCUGAAACAUGCUCACGAGAUCUACUACAACAACUAUAAGAAGAAGUUUACACUUGAGCAUGCGUGGAAGGAGCUUCGGAAUGACCAGAAAUGGUGUGCCAAUGAAAGCAGCAACAAAAGGAGGAAGUUUGAUGAUGGGUCUUAUUCAGCAAGCGAGUCUGUAAAAGAAAAUGAUUCUGCUGUAGAUGAUGACGGAACGACCCGUCCCCCUGGUGUUAAGGCAGCAAAAGCCCGGGGGAAAAAGAAGCCGGUGGGUGAGGGGAAGGAGUUCUAUGAAUUCCAGACGAUGUGGAGCAUCAAGAAGGUGGAUUUGGAUACAAAGGAGAGGCUUGGGAAGAUGAAACUACUUGACAGUCUGAUUGCAAAGCGUGGAGCAUUGGCGUCACUUGUUUCUUUCAAGCGUGUAGCAUUGGCGUCACUUGGACUGUUUGUUGUUGUGUUGUAUCACGGACAUGACUAA